AUGGAGAUUAUUCAAGGACUUGUGCUAGCUUUAAUCAUUAUGGCAAUAGGAACUACUACACAUCUAAUUCAAGCUCAGUCUGAUCCAAAAGGUUUCAUCAACUUGGAUUGCGGAUUACCCCCCACGGCAUCUUCUUAUACCGAACGAGUGACUGGAUUAACAUUCAUAUCUGACGCAAAUUUCACCCAAGGUGGCCAGCUCGGUAAAACAGAAAAGGUUCGGGAAAGAGGAUUUGGGCCAUGGAAAUUACUAAGAUAUUUUCCAGAAGGAAUAAGAAACUGCUAUGAUCUAAAAGUCAUUUCAGGCACUAAAUAUCUUAUCAGAGCUGUAUUCCUCUACGGGAAUUACGACGGGCUUGAUGUUCUCCCAAAAUUCGAUUUGUAUAUUGGUGCUAACAUAUGGACAACAGUCGAUGUAGAAGAUACUCAUUUUUCUCAAAAAGAAGAGAUCAUACACAUAGCAAGGUCAAGCUCUUUGCAGAUUUGUCUUGUUAAAACAGGGGAAACUACACCAAUCAUUUCAGCCUUGGAACUAAGACCCUUGAGACAUGACACGUACAUCACUACAAUUGGUUCCUUGAAGCUCGUAAAACGCAGUUACGCUGCCAAUAUUCUUGGUGACUUUAUCAGGUAUCCUGCAGAUGUAUAUGAUCGUGAAUGGAAGCCGAUGGGUUUCCUUACAAUGAAUUUUUCAAAAACAAGUGUCAAUGUAAACACUUCUACACCUUAUGAUCUACCACAAGAAGUCAUUUCAAAGGCAGCCACUAAUACAAACGUGACGGAGAAGUUAACUUUUCGCUGGUUUUCUGAAAACGAUGACAAAGGAGAUCAAGCAAUCAUAUAUCUUCAUUUCGCUGAGAUACAAACGCUUGCAGGCAACGAAACAAGAGAAUUCGACAUUACUUGGAUUGGAAAGGACGAUAACUUUGAAAGAAAAGCUUAUCGUCCUCCUAGGUUACAACUAGAGACUCUAUGGAACCCAUUGCCUAUGACAUGUUUCGGCUGUGAAGUUGAGCUAGUUAUGACUCAAAGAUCAACUCUCCCACCAAUGAUCAGUGCUAUGGAAGCAUAUAUAGUUAUAGAAUUCCCAGAUGCAGAAACUAAUCUACAAGAUGUUGCUGCGGUCAAGAAUGUUCGAGAUACUUACGAACUGAGAAGAAUUGACUGGCAAGGAGAUCCGUGUGCUCCUCGGUUGUUCAAAUGGGAGGGUAUAAAUUGCAGCUACACAAAUGCUUCUAUUCCACCAAGAAUCAUAGCCUUACACCUAUCAUCAAGUGGACUAAACGGCGUCAUAUCCUCUAGCAUACAAAACCUAACCCAUCUACGAGAACUGGAUUUGUCAAAUAAUAAUCUGACAGGAGGAGUGCCUGAGUUUCUAGCCAACAUGGAAUCAUUGUUGAUCAUAGACUUAGGGUGGAAUAGCUUAACCGGUCCAAUUCCGCAAGCCCUUCGUGAAAGAGAAAAGAAAGGCCUGAAAUUGACUAUUCAAGGAAAUCCAAAUCUUUUUCCCUCCGGCUCAGGCAACAAUAAGAGCAAGAAAGUACUCUUAAUUCCAGUAAUUGCAUCGGUUGCUUCAGUCGCUGCUCUUGUCGCCUUGUUGGUUCUCAUUUUUGUUUUCAGAAAGAAAACCACCUUAUCAGAAGGUAAUACAUAUUUACCAAGAAAGCGAUCAAUCUUUUCCAAAAAGAAAAGGUUCACUUAUUCAGAGGUAGUAGAACUUACAGACAACUUCAAAGAAGUCCUUGGAGAAGGAGGGUUUGGAGUUGUCUACUACGGUUCUUUGAGUGGUAGCGAACCAGUCGCUGUCAAAGUUCUCUCCGAAUCAUCAGUUCAAGGCUAUAAGGAAUUUAAGGCAGAGGUGGAGCUUCUUUUACGUGUCCAUCACAUAAACUUGGUUAGCCUUGUUGGUUACUGUGAUGAAGGAGGCCAUUUGGCACUUAUCUAUGAGUACAUGGCAAAUGGGGACCUUAAACACCAUCUAUCAGGAGAAUCCGCUGGAUCUACUUUGACAUGCGCUACGAGACUGAAAAUUGCUCUCGAGUCGGCACAAGGUUUGGAGUAUCUGCAUGUUGGAUGCGAGCCGCCAAUGGUUCAUAGAGAUGUCAAAAGUACAAAUUUACUAUUAGACGAUCGCUUCGAGGCCAAACUUGCAGAUUUUGGACUUUCAAGAUCAUUUUCCGUGGGAGCUGAAACUCAAGUAGCAACAGUAGUUGCAGGAACACCUGGAUAUCUUGAUCCUGAAUACUACCAAACAAAUUUGUUAAAUGAGAAGAGCGAUGUCUACAGUUUUGGUAUUGUACUCAUGGAAAUCAUCACAAACCAAUAUGUGAUUGAGCGAGCUCGAGAAAAAGCCCACAUAUCAGAAUGGCUAAAGGUUCUUAUAAGCAGAGGAGAUAUUGAGAAAAUCGUUGACCCAAACCUUGGUCGAGAUUAUGACUCUAAUACAGUCUGGAAGAUUCUUGAACUAGCAAUGUCAUGCGUGAAUCAUUCUUCAUCUGACAGACCAAACAUGUCGAAAGUUGUUAACGUGCUUAAAGAGUGUUUGGUCUCUGAGAGUUUGAGGACAGGAAGACAGAUUCAAGAUGAUGACUCAAAGGAAUUCUUACAAUUGACUGUUGAUUUCGGGACUCAAGUGACCCCUGCUGCACGCUAG